AGUACGCGUAGGAACUACUGUUCAGCGAGUCAUUAAUCGACGUAGAAAAGACAUGAAUCUCUGUUACUUCGGGGCUGUGGUUAUAUGGAUAGCAACCGUGACAGCGACAUUGGAAUCUGAUUCCCAUGGAAACUGGAGCAACGAAAAGAAGUUUUUAGAACACGUUUACGAACAAGAGAUACUCGAUUACCAGAGGAAAGAGGAGACUAGAAACGUGGAGGAUCAGUCUCAGAAUCAACGUGGAAGAACUUCCAAUUUCUCUCAGACUGAGAAAUCUGUCGAGGAAGACCAAGAAGAAGCACUGUCUAUGAAACUUCAUAGUGGAGGGGACGAAAAUCAUGGAGUGAACGAACCCAAACAGCAAUUUUCCAAGCAAGUAGUUCAACCGUACGUUCUACCCCUAAAAAAAGAGAACGUUUCAGAAGAUACUUUGUCACUCGAUAACCUUUCGAGGUCAACGAGGAAUGACGAAAGUGCGGCUAACGAAACAGUGACAGUGAAAUAUAUUCCUGCUCAGGAGAUUAUCGUGAAAGACCCGAGCGCAACUGCCAAGUAUCCUCCCCAGGAAAAUGGUUUCAAUGACCUGAGUCAGAUAAUUUCCCAAGAAAACGUCGAUAUCGAAAGCACGGGGGAAUUUGGACAACGAGUUCGUUCUGCACCUGCAUUUAGGCAAAAAACCAAUGAGAAUUUUCCACGAUUCAGACCAAAACAGAUUACCGAUGCCUCGUCCUCUUCCGAAGAUUACAGGAAACACUACAGGAAGAGCUUCCGUUCUCACGUAUCCAAAAAAUUGAACAUUUCAGAAAGUAAUUUGAGUGUAUUCGCGAAAGAUCGACCCCCUUUUGCUUUGACAAGGACCACAGAACCUCAGAGGGGCUUGAAGCAGGGUGAAAUUGAAGGAGACUAUACCGACAAUCCAUCCACGGUCAAGGACACCUUUUCAUCCACUUCAGCUCCUAUAGUAUCGGUUUCAUUGGGUAAAUUUUCCGGACCAAUAGUGGUACCUGAUCUUCCUCAGCAGAAGAAAUAUUCCUACAUUACCAUCGCUGAUCAUUCCGAAGACAGUGAAAAGAAGCCAAUUGGAACACAAGCGGAAGUAGCAAAGAAAACUUCAGAAAAUAGCUACCCGGCAGCCUCGUCCGUUGUUCUGAAUCCUCUCCAAGUUGGUGUCGCCUUGAUGAACGCAGGACAGGACAUAAAUUUAGUCAACGACCAAGUCACUUCUGCAAAAUAUCCCCAAGGUGAGGCUGAUACUUCGCACGCUACUGUCAUCGACAAUGAGAGCCUGAUUCAAAGCGAUGCUCCGGAGUCUAGGAACUCGAGCUUCCAAGAUGAUCAAGUGUCACAGCAGGAGCAGAUUUACGAAGUGGUGGCUACAAACUUGCCCAGCCAGACGGUUGAGAUCCAAAAAUCGGUGGAGGUAUUUCACACAGCACCUGUGCACGAGAUUCACUACCCCGUGGAGUUCGUUCCUCAUGCUCAACCUCUGACAAAGCAGCGUCUUCAGGAAGACUACAGGAAACCAACGAGAAGUCAGUUUAAAGAUCAGAAAUCGAAUCAAGUUAACGUUUACAGGAGCAACGAAAUUUCCGAUGAAAAUAAUCUUAAUAGCCAGAAACGUAAUCCUUACGACUAUAACGUGAACGAAAACGACGUCACCUAUUCGACAAGUAGCAGUCAAGCCGAACAGACCUUACCUGUGGCUCGGCCUAUAGAGACCAAACCCAUUGUUGAAGUUAAGGAUCAAGUGAAUAGUGCUCAGUAUGAUCAAACAGUGCUUAAACAUCCCAGAGUGCAAGAAAUUCCUGAGGCAAGUAUCAAACAGAGUUACUACGAAUUAUCCAAAGGGUCAACUUCUAAUAUUGCGCAACCACCGAGAGGAAUCGAUAGCCUUCCAGGAUUGACAAACCUAGAAAACCUUCAAGGGACUCAAGAAGUACCUCAAAUGUUAGUAACGAAGGUUAUAAACGAACCACCAACGGAAGUGAGGUUUCUGAUGUCGGUACCACCAUCGUAUUCCGUGGAGAAGACCAUUCACGCACCUCAUCCAGUAGAAGUGGUAGAGAAGAAGAUGCCGUUUCCGGUAGAGAAAUUGAUAGAAAAGCAAAUAACAAUUCCUCAACCAUUUCCCGUACAUGUACCGAUAGACAAAAUCAUAGAGAAGCAAGUGCGAAUACCAUAUCCUGUUCACGUGGAAAAGGUGGUUGAGAAGAAAGUACCAUUCGCCAUUCAGAGAUUUAUUAUACCUCUACCAAUUCAUUUCAGAAUCCCUCAGCCAAUUCCAAUUCCGGUGGAGAAGGUAGUAGGAAAGCCUGUGCCAGUACCUGUAGAGAAGGUGGUACAUUUGCCUAGACCCUACACAGUGGAAAUCGAGAAAAGUAGACCAUAUUCCAUAGAAAAUACCAAACUUAUUAAGUCUGGUCCAAUUUACAACAUUCAGUCUGAUGAUAAUUAUCAGCAAGGAAUCAGACCAAAUUUUCAGAUACCGUUGGAACCGCUUUAUGGGUCUGAUAACGAGCAAAAUUAUUAUAAUUCCACGGCUCAAUUUUAUGAAACUGGAUAUUUGGCCUUGAAUCGCCCUCCUACUAGGCAACCGUCCAUACAUACUUUACCGAAGAAAUUUGGGUCGUAUGGGAUUCAGCAUCCUCAUUCGAUAACUUAUACGGUCAAUAAUGGUAAUUUGGUAUCUUAUGGAAGAACCUCGGAGAAGGACAAGAUCAAGGACGAGUAUGUGGGUCCUGUGCCAAGGAAGGUACAGGUCUCCCUUGGCGUGCAAUCUAAGUCUUUGUAUUCGUCACCGAAUGCUCAGGCAACGUUGAGAAGAACGAGGCAAGAAGCCGUGGGGAAUACCGGUAGCUUCAGACAAUCAAAAAUGGAGUAUGGGUUCAAACCACCCAUGGUGCCUUCUGUGCAAUACGAUGAGCAAACUGCGACCAAAGUAGAGUAA